UGUGAUUGCGAGUAAAAUCUGCGUACAAAUGAAUAAAAUCGCCAGAGAAUAACUAAAUAAGAAACCAUUAAAUGCAUCAGAGAAACGCAUUUAAAGUGCCAACAUUGAAAAUGUGAUAAAUAGGCAGAAGCUAAAUCGAAAACAAGCCAUGAAAAUGCAAAUGAGAAAAACGUGUGUUCAGCAAAAUUGCUGCGAGUGCAGCGGAAAAUAAAUUACACAAACACACAUGCAAACACAAAUUCACACACAUACUCACAAAAACACACACGCAACAAAAUACACACACAAAGACGCAUAACAUAAUAUAUAAAAAUAAUAUUACAUGUACGGCUUAAAAAGUGGAACGAAAUCAGAAAUCAACAGAACGCAAUAAAAAUAAAUUAAAUUUAUUGUGCCAAAAAUAAACCCGAAAUUAAUUAGAAUAAUUAAUUGCAAACAGCGCGUUUUUUUGUUGUUUUUUUUUUUAUGUUACGUAUCAAAAAAAUAUAAAUUUGUAGUGUUGUAAACAAGUAGUAGUGAUAACAAACGCCGUAACAAUGUCCAAAUGCGCUUUUGUGCUUUAUCUGGCGAUGCAGCUUAUAGGCUGCCUGUUGAUGCAUCAGGAGCAAUCGGUUGCUGGUGGCGCCAUUCUGCCCGAGGGGCACAACAUCAAUUGUGAGCAUUAUGACGAGAAGGAUUGCAACACGCCGGAGAACUGUGCCACAAGCAUCGAGCGCUGUCAGGUGGAGACGGACAAGUUUCCAAGUUGUUAUGUGCUGUGGGCCGUUGACGAGCUGACGGGCACGGAGAAAGUCAAGAUGAAGGGCUGCUUCACGGACAUGCACGAGUGCAAUCAGACUGCUUGUAUCACGAGUGCCACGCCCCGCUUGGGCAACAUCAAUUUCUGCUGUUGCAAGGGCUCCAAGUGCAACAUGCACUACAAAUAUAUACCGGCCGCCAUGGAGGCAACAACACAAGUGCCAAAGGAGAAGACGCAGGACAACAACAAUGUGAUUUAUUAUAUUGUUGGCUCUUCCGCAUUUGCCGUCCUCGUCGUGCUGCUAAUAUUCAUGCUGUGCUAUUACAGACGCUUUAAGCAGGAGCACUUUAAUGAGAUACCCAAGCAUGAAGCGGAAAUUACAAAUUCAUCGCCAUUGUUGAGCAACCGUCCGAUCCAAUUGCUCGAGCAGAAGGCGAGCGGACGCUUUGGCGAUGUGUGGCAGGCCAAGUUGCACGGCCAGGAUGUGGCCGUCAAAAUCUUUCGCAUGCAGGAGAAGGAGUCGUGGACAACAGAGAACGAGAUCUAUAAAUUGCCACGAAUGCGACACCCGAACAUACUCGAAUUUCUGGGUGUUGAAAAGCACUUGGAUAAACCAGAAUAUUGGUUAAUAUCCACGUAUCAGCAUAAUGGCUCCCUCUGCGACUAUUUAAAAUCGCACACGAUUAGUUGGCUGGAGCUGUGCCGCAUUGCCGAGUCCAUGGCGAAUGGUUUGGCCCAUUUGCACGAGGAGAUUGCGGGCACCAAGACGGAUGGGCUGAAACCAUCGAUUGCACAUCGUGAUUUCAAAUCGAAGAAUGUCCUGCUCAAGGGUGAUUUGACCGCUUGCAUUGCGGACUUUGGCCUGGCGAUGAUCUUUCAGCCGGGCAAACCGUGUGGCGACACCCACGGCCAGGUGGGCACACGCCGCUAUAUGGCGCCGGAGGUGCUCGAGGGUGCCAUCAAUUUCAAUCGGGAUGCCUUCUUGCGCAUCGAUGUUUAUGCCUGCGGCUUGGUCCUCUGGGAAAUGGUCUCACGCUGUGAAGUCGUCGGACCCGUCGGCGAAUAUCAGCUGCCAUUUGAAGCCGAACUCGGCCAGCGACCGACACUCGAUGAGGUCCAGGAGAGUGUCGUCAUGAAAAAGUUGCGUCCACGUUUGCUCAACACGUGGCGUUCCCAUCUGGGUCUCAGCAUAUUCUGUGACACAAUGGAGGAGUGCUGGGAUCACGAUGCGGAGGCGCGUCUUAGCUCCUCGUGUGUGAUGGAGCGUUUCGCACAACUCAACAAAUAUCCGACGACGCAGUUGCUCAUCAAGAACCACACCAACAUCGAGGAUGCUAAGGAAACCACAAAUUGCUUAUAGAAACGGUAUUAAAUCACAGCCAAUGACAAAAAGAUUGGUUGUGAUUUUGAGGCCUGUCGUCAUUUUUAUUUUUAUAUAUUCAAAAUUGUUUAGUUUUACAUAAGUAUUGUGCAUAGGCAGCACAACAUACACUGGAAAAAAGAAUGGCAGCUGUCAUUUAAACAUAAAUACGCCCCAUUUUAGACAUUUUAGCGAAAAACAGAACAAAGCUAAACUAGAGUUUAUUUGUGAGUCUUUGAAAACACGUAUCUUGCCCGGGCAAAACACAAAUUCUCUAGACGCACAUCAAAUAUACGAAUUGGUCUGUGGCUCAUCUCACACAUUAACUUCAUUGACUGAUAUAUACAUAUAAUAUAUAUAUAUUUAUAUAUAUACCCCCAUAUACGUAUGUUUAAUUGUUUUUGUAUUUAGUUCGAUUUAUAUUCAUUUCCUUCGUAACUGUUGAAUUCUUUGCCAAGCUGUCCCUUUUUUUGAGCGUGGACAACCGUCUACUAGAUUUAUAUAUAUAUAUUUAAAUAGUUAAGCGUACGAUUUAAAGCUAUUUUAAUUAUGUUUAUAUAUAUGUAAACUUAUCGUUUUUAAUUAUUAUUAUUUUUUGUUUUGCUGCUAUGUUGUAUUUUUAAUAAAUACUUUAAAUGAUUGUUUUUAAGCU